CCAUCUUGCUGUUAAACAGGAUCUUUGGAUGGUCCGGCCUGUAUCCACCAAGGUCCGUGCCUGGAGCAGGAAGCGAACAACCUCCAGUGUUAUUGGGAACCGACAAAUAUCGCUCUUGGCUGUCAACAAAUGUGAUUGAUGCUGCGGUGCUGUUAAAAGAUGAAGAACCUAUGAGCAUGUGGAGUGUCGAAGGACUCCUUAUUGGAUCGUAUUUAUCGAGAGACUGAGGACUUUUGCAACUCCUCAUGGAAAUUAUUUUUGUGACCGUUUGGAUAGUUUCUCUUCAUCUCGCAUAAGUGAUGCCUUCAGCACAUGGACCACAUCAUUUUAUCAUGGAAAGGCAGAAAGCAUUGAAUAGUGUCUCGGGUGGAGAUCCAUGUACCUUCAUUUGCACGGAGUGUGGUGAUGGAUUUUCCCAUUACACACAAGUGUUAUCCCACAUGGCCAUUCACGGACCUUUGGAAUCGUUUUCCUUUGAUGGUUCAUCCAAUGGAUUUGAAGUCCCUCGAGAAUAUGUGCUGCAAGAAAAUGGCACACUGGCAAUUUUAAAUGGCUUAUCACUAUCUCCUUCCCCUGCGAAACCACCAUCCCCUGGAGUCCCGCCACAUUUCACACCUGCUGUCAAACCUUCAUCUCCUAAACCAAGGCCUCAGCCCAUUCCUGAAAACCCCAAUCGUAACCCAAAAACACAGAAGUCACUGGACUUGAACAAUGCAAAGGAAAAGCCUCCACAGGACGAUUACCGUUGUGAAAUAUGUAGUAGAUCAUUCAACAGUUUGCAAAGUUUACAUUGUCACCAUCAGUAUAGAAAUUCAGAGCUAAGUUUCAGGUGUACUUUAUGCUGCAAGAUCUUUGAAGGUGGACAAGCUCUGGAGAAACACCUCCAAGAACAUACACGAGAACGGUUCCAUUCCUGUAGUGAUUGUGGAAAGCGAUUCGUGAAAGCAUUUGCUUUGUUUGCUCACCAAAAAGAAAGUCAUAUUGCUGCCACUGCUGGAAAUUCGGAGAACAAUGAGGAAAACAAGUUUACCAAAAUGUAUCCAUGUCGCAAAUGCAAAUUACAUUUCUUUUGGUUGUCAGAUUUUCAGACCCACGCACAGCACCUUUGCAAAGGUAAAGCAUCUAAUGCUGCAUUUGCAUCUGAAAUUGAAGUGAAGUCCAAAAACAAGAAGGAUCGACCUCGUGAAAACUGUUACAGUAAUGGCAACUUUAAUGACCUUAAGGACGGUAAUGACAUGUGCGAUCAGGAUACGAGCUACAAAAUUGUCACACCGUACAAAUGUGGUUUAUGUGGGGAGUGUUUCCUGAACUUAAUCACACUUAAAAAGCAUCAGCUGACACAUCAGAAUAAGGAACCAUAUCAACUAAAUCAAGAAUUGAUCAACCCAACGAAAAAAGUAACACUUCGAUCUAGGCGUAAGAGGGCGAAAAGUAAAAAUAGAAAACAAUAUCCCUGUAAGAUUUGCCAGCGUGUCUUCAGUCACUCGAGUAGUUUGUCGAGGCACAUGAGAUACCAUAAGGGUACCAUGCACAAAUGUACAUUAUGUGCUCGACAUUUCCCUCAGCGCUGUGAUCUAGUAAAGCAUCUAACGCUUAAUCACAAAGACGACAUAGAAAAGAAACCUGGAUUGAAACACUUAUUACGACCACAGCCCCACAAUUUAGACCACAAGCAACCCGCAACAGAAGUUAAUCAAAACAGGACGAGACCAAAGAAAGCAGGCGGGUUCAACUUUAAAUGUCAAGAAUGCGGGAAGAGAUUUUGGCUGGCCUAUGUUUACCAGCGUCACUUGCGUUCUCACAAAAGAUGUCACAAUAAGUGUCCCCGAUGUCCUGCUAAAUUCAUGAGUGAUUCCGCACUUAAGGCUCACCUAAAGAAUCACCCAAGCGGUUGGGAUAAACCCAAUGUGGAGCGAUCAUCCCAUGCUACAGGUACAAACGGGAAACCCGUGAAGAGUCAUGUACGUGAUGUAGAGGGCGAUGACACGGUGGACCACACCCCAAAUGACACAGGAAAUUCCAGUGCUGUCUUUGAAUGCACUGAGUGCGCAGAGACAUUCUCACUCUUGGAGACAUUUCUUCAACACCAGACUUCUCAUGGCUCAGAAAACAAUGGGUAACUAUGAUGUUUGACCUCCAAGUUAUGGUUUUUGCCACGAAUGAAGCUCUCGAAGAGUUAAACCGUUUCUUACAUGCACAUGAUUAAAUAUUGAAGAAAAUAUUUGCCUCAGUUCUGCUAUGUUAAAAUUAUAAUUUCCCGUGGCGUGAGGACAGAAUCUAUUUUGAACGUGAGGACAUUAUGAAAAGCUCUUAGGAAUUUUAAAUACUUCUGCAGCACUCGUACAAUUCACAAAGUGAAAUAGCUGGGUUUGAUUAUAAACAUUGUCCCUCCCACGUUGUAGUUAACCAGAAAAUUCCACCCAAUACCUGGAGAAAUUGUUACUUACCAUGGUAUUGUCAAUGAUAACCUACAUCGUUACGGUUUACUUUUAUGUUGUUUAUCCAGUUCAUUGCAACAAGAUGGCGAUUCAGUGUGAUUAUUUUUUUUUAUUAAAUUUUU